AGCAGAGCAGAGCAGAGCAGAAGAGGGGAAGCCGUGGUGGAGGAGAGAGCGCGCCGUUCAGCAUGGUGAGUGGGUGUCCAAGGGUCACCUCCUCAACUACCACAACAAAUAGCAGUAGCGUCUCCCUCCCACCCCGGCGCCUACCACCUCACCACCUGCAUCACCCGACAAGGCGUCGCAGAAUGGGCGGCCCUCGCGUGAUUUGCAGACUCUGAGGGAGGAGGCAGCAGCAACAGCAGCAGCAGCAGCAUCAGCGGCGAAAGAGGCAACUGGUAGUGUUCAUUCAACCGUACCCCACGGACAAAGAUAACAUGAAGUAGGAGAUGAUGUUUGACAGAGAAAUAAAAAAUACAUUUGUUAGAUGUAAACACGUGUGUGUAUCACUAUUGAAGAUCUCGAGUUAGCAGAGGGACUCUACGUAGUUCUGACAACCUCCAGAUAACGGGACAUCAAAUGGCAAAUGUUGUCUCCAGCUGUCCCUGGAAAAUUCGAGCUCACUGAGUGCGUAAUCGGGUGCUUUAGGUCAUUCGCGAAUUCAAAAUUUAGAAAAAGCGUCACAUCUGACUUCGUUUAGACGUUAGUUUUUUGGGAAUCUUGAAAGUUUUAGUCCUAAAGUAGUUACUCCAGAUAAAUCAGAAAUCAGUUACUCUGUAUAAGCCGCGUUAUACCCAACAUCAUGCGGCCGUCUAGACGAGACACACAGAGGUGAAGACGUAAUACAGAGUCACCGAAGUGCGAAGUCGUUCCAAAGGCGGAAAGGAAGAACGCGCGUCGGUCCGUAAGAGACAAAACGCGGAGGCUUGACAUUAAGGCCGCCGUAGCCGUCUCCUCCUCUUCCUACUCUGCUCCUGCCUCUCCUCCUCCCGUAAGAGCGCCCCAGCGCCCACCUCCCGCGAGUCCUUGACAGUGGCACAACCUGUGACUCUGGUCGAGGGCGGGGUCGAGGAGGAAGAGCUGACGAGAAGACGGCGCCGCAGGAAGAGGAGGAGGAGCCCGAGCCCGCCACUCAGGACUCCUGAAGGAGGCGCUGAAGGCCUAGGAAGAUGUCCCUUCAAGGAAGCCAUCGCGGGGCAUCACUGUGAGGGAGCAACAUGCCCGGAGGUUUCGUUACUUAGCAACCAACAUGUGGAGGUGUCCGACAUGGGUAAGCCAUAAGCUACGCAAGCCGGUUUCCACCCUGUCGAUCCCUGGGUCGAUGAAAGGUGGAGGAGGCGGGGGCGGUGGGCGUGGAGCUGAAGGCGAAGAUCCGGGUAUUGCCCUGGUGGGCGUCCACACGGAGUACCCGCGUUACACCGAGGAGAAGGUUGCCCAAGCCUCCGCCAAGACAGCUUCAUUCAGAAUGCGUAACAAACCUAACGUCGGGUAUCGGUUGGGGAGGCGCAAGGCCCUUUUCGAGAAAAGGAAGCGGAUCUCCGACUAUGCCCUCGUCAUGGGCAUGGUGGGCAUCAUCGUCAUGGUCAUCGAGAACGAGCUCUCAUCCGCCCGUGUCUAUGAUAAGAGUUCGUCCGCAUCAUAUGCUCUGAAGACUCUUAUCAGCGUCUCUACAGUCAUUCUUCUGGGCCUUAUAUGUGCCUACCACGCCCUGGAGAUUCAGCUCUUCAUGAUAGAUAACUGCGCAGACGACUGGCGUAUUGCGAUGACGUGGCAACGCAUAGCCCGGAUUCUAAUGGAGCUGAUCAUCUGCGCGGUGCAUCCUAUACCUGGCGAAUACUAUUUCUUCUGGACUACUAAACUAUCUAAUCUGGGUGGGAUAGAGGGCUCGCAGUGGGUACCUAUUGAUGUCACUCUAUCCCUGCCCAUGUUUUUGCGCCUUUACCUCAUUUGCAGAGUUAUGUUGCUACAUUCUAAGCUAUUUACUGAUGCCUCGUCGCGAAGUAUCGGUGCGUUGAAUCGCAUCAACUUCAACACCCGCUUCGUUCUCAAAACCCUGAUGACCAUUUGCCCAGGCACGGUCUUGCUCGUGUUCAUGGUCUCUCUCUGGAUCAUUGCAUCCUGGACUCUACGGCAAUGCGAGAGGUAUCACGAUGAAGAACAUGCUAAUCUGCUUAACGCUAUGUGGCUCAUCGCUGUCACUAUAUUAUGUGUGGGUUACGGGGAUAUAGUUCCGAACACGUACUGUGGGCGGACCAUCGCGGUGGCUUGCGGAAUCAUGGGGGCCGCAUGCACUGCCUUAUUGGUCGCUGUCGUGUCACGUAAAAUGGAGCUAACCCGCGCAGAGAAACAUGUUCACAAUUUCAUGAUGGACACUCAAUUAACCAAGAGGCUAAAAAACUCUGCAGCGAAUGUGUUGCGCGAGACCUGGUUAAUCUACAAGCACACCAAGUUAGUUAAAAAGGUCAAUCAUGGCCGAGUACGCACACAUCAGAGGAAAUUCCUGCUCGCCAUCUAUUCGCUGCGGAAGGUCAAGAUGGAUCAGCGGAAGUUGAUGGAUAACGCCAACACUGUAACUGAUAUGGCGAAGACGCAGAACACAGUUUACGAGUUAGUGUCAGACAUGAGUGGGCGUCAGGAUGUGCUAGAUGAAAGAGUGAGUUCUUUAGAAGACAGACUAGCCUCUAUUCAGGAGUCCCUUGAGGCAUUACCCGAUGUUCUAACGCGGUGCUUGCAGAAGCACCAGGAGUCAUUAGAUCAAAGGCGUGCCACUGCCCCUUCUUCUAAUUCCCUCCACCCUGACAUGGCUGCGAGACCGGGAGGAUACCCGGUUCUUUCAGCCAGCCCCUCUCCCCCCAGAAGUUCAUCAGUCUGGCCACAGCAACAGUCCAGUGCACCACCGCUGUUCCCCCGAACAAGUUUAAGUCCGACGUUGCCGGCACUUCCGACAGCAUCUGCAGUGAGCAGCUUGCAAGGGGAGCGGUCGCCCCCUGCGCCUACGUCGCAUAGUGGUCAGUCUUUGCCCAAGUCGGAGGCGUGAAGUCAAGCCGUCCAACUGCGGGCAGCAGCAGUAGCAAUAGCUACAGAAAUGAAAAAGUAACCUCAGUGGUUUCACUUUUUAGGCUACUGCUGGUGUCCGCACCUUACUCGCUUCAAUACUCGCCACUUCGACACAACGUUUCAACUGCUGCAGUUCACACGUGCUCCUUAUGAUGGGUCUCAAGUCAGGUAUUUAGAUAAUAUCUGCUUAGCCCAACAUGGCAGCUUUCCUUUUCACCACACUCUGUAAUCCUAGUCUCCUCAUCACCACUCAGUUCAACCAUGUGAUAUUAGGGGUCAUUCAUUGUUAGCUGGAAAUUAGUGCUCCACGUUUUUCUAGUCGAAUAUAUAUCCAUGGUGUUAAAAGGAUGUCAUAAAAUUGCUUUGUUCCCGAUUCAUAUUCUUUAUCAAAGGUCCCUCAAACCUCGAUAGAAUACUACCUGCAUCGUGGAAAAACAAUAUGGUCCAUAUUGGGAAAGGGCAAACUGCUUAUUACCGAUUCUGGAAUAUUAAGCUUUAGACACUGUUUUCUGUACUUCAUUUUCCAUUCCUUCAGAGCCAAAGAAUGAUUGAUUUAAACAGCACUGUAUUAGGCAAUCAACGUAAGAUACAAGUAUGUUUGAGACAUACUACUGUCAGAAAUUACAUUUAACAAAUUACGUCAACAAGUAAGAUUAGAAAAAAACGUGAGCGAACAAAUCUCUUCAUAUUGCAUAGCAGAACUACCUAUUAAAAUGGUUUACAGUUUAUAAUGAUUUAUCAGAAAACUUGCCCCUCUAACACAUAUCUGCUUUUCAUUUAAAUAUGUUAAUGCUGUAGCCGCUUUAAACUAUGAGACACGUCGCUAAAAGUAUAUAUUUUUAGGUACACAAAAAAUAUUGAAGUUCCUAUUAUCUUCGUCUUUAGAUGGGGGGUAGGGUGGACUGAAACAAAUUCUAGGAUAUCUAAGUCCUUUUCUUCUCAGAUUUGAUUAAGAUGCUUAGAAUCACAUGUCCAAAUUAAACUAAGGGCAAAAUAAAAUCAAAGAUUUUGUGAACUUUUUAAAAUGUUAUUUAUAACCCUUCAAGCACUAAACGUGGUGUCCAGGGAAUAAGAUAAAAAAGAGAGUUCAGUUAUUGACGAUUCUUUGUGUACUUUACAGUCUAGUAUUACCUGCAAACGAAAACUCGGCUGAGUGGUGCGUGAGGAGGUUGGAGUGUGUGUGCGCAGAAGCUACCGAAACACUGCAAAACAUAUCAAGCCAGACUUCGAUGGUAAUAAAAAUGUCUGGUCGCCACAAGGGACGUUCUCUGCCCAAAACAAAGUGUCUAGGUGCUCUAAUGGCCUACUCUGCUCUGGUGUUCGAGAAUUGAAGUGCAUGAAUAAGCAAUUUUUGACGCAGGGAAAAAUGUUAUAACAGUUGUGAACAAAGAGCUAUAUAUAUAUA